AUGAAUGCCAUUAUUUUAAAUCUGGUCGGAUUUUUUUUAUCACUAUUUACAAGUAUACUUGCAAUUAUUUUGUGUCUAUUUAUUAUUUUACAACGGCGAUAUCGUCAAAAUCUCGAAUUAUUUAUUUAUGCUGCAACAUUUUUCGCUGUUUUUCUACUUUCAUUAUCAGUAUAUUCAUUGACUGUACGAUCACUAAGAGUUGAUUUUAAGAUUGGAUAUGAUGGUGAUUCAGUAGUAUGUCGAUUACAAGGAUAUUUUCUUUGUUUCACUGCUUCAGCAUGUUUUAAUGGUUAUUGUCUUCAAGCUGCGUCAAGAUUAAUUCAUGUUGUGUAUCGUCAAUAUGUUUGGCUUCGAACAUUUAGAGUUCACUUAUUGGCUGUUAUUUUCAGCUGGCUAUUAGCUUGUUUUCUCAUGUGUCCGUAUCUUAUUAUUAAGAACUUGUUUGUCUAUCUUCCAAGCGAAAAUUAUUGUUUAAUAGCUUUUACAAAUCUGCCAGGAAUGAUUUACAUCGUUCUAUCAACAUUUCUUAUUCAAUUUGGAUUUGUUAGUCUAGUUUAUUUUCGACUAUUUGUUUUUCUUCACCAUUCAGUUGUAUAUAAUGCUAAUCGAGAAUUUGCAGUAGUCAAGAGUAUAUUUUAUACUGUUCUAAUUAUGAGUAGUAUAGGUAUACUUAAUGUUAUCGUGCGGGCAGUGUUUUUCUUUACAAAUUAUCUUCAUCCAAUGUCUUAUCGUCUGCAAUUAUUAUUGUAUUCAAUAAGUACUCUUAUAAUGAAUGUAGCAAUGAUUGUUAUCAAUCCUCGUAUACGCAAUUUACUAUUUACUCGAAAACGAACUAGUAUACCCCUACGCCAACCAGCAGCUAUGCAAAUACAAAACUGA